GGAUCCAGCAUAUGGUCACAUGACCAAGGGAAACUGACAUUGCGGAACCUGGAGUCUGUGUUUACACAAGCGAGAGAAUUCACUUGGUGAACCUGAAACUGACGGAGAAACAUGCACCUCUUCAUACUCGCCCUCAGCCUGUUACCAUGGAUCCCAGCCUUCCUCUGCGGGGUAACCACUGGGAAAGAGCUUGCAGUCAUGGAGGGUCAAAACCUCACUGUCCCGUGUCUAUAUGAGCCUCAAUAUGCCAGCUAUGUAAAAUACUGGUGUCGGGGGAGUAUGAGGGAGUUCUGCUCCAGCUUAGCUCGAACAGAUAACCCCCGUUCGGCCAAUCCAGCUAAGGACAAAGUGAGCAUUUUUGACGACCCGGUCCAGCUGGUGUUCUCUGUGACCAUGAACAACCUGAAGGAGGAGGACUCUGGGUGGUACAUGUGCGGCGUGGAGAUAGGCGGCAUAUGGAGCGCUGAUGUUGUCGCUUUCACAAACAUCAAGGUCAUUCAUGGUAUGUCAGUGGUGAACAGCCAACUGAGUGGGGAAGAAGGGAGUAGUGUCACAGUCGAAUGCAUCUACAGUGAGAGAUACAGACAAAGUGAGAAGAAGUGGUGUCGGAGUGGAGACUGGAGCUCCUGUCUGCUGACGAGUUCUGAAGGGAGCUACGAGGACACGUCAGUGGCCAUCAGCGAUGACAGAACUAGGACUUUCACUAUAACCUUAAAGAAGCUGGAGAUGAAAGAUACCGGCUGGUACUGGUGUUCUGCAGGACAGCAGCAGAUAGCUGUGCAUGUGCUGGUCACACCCCGACCCACGACUACAGCAGUUUCUGUGACAUCCCCACUUACACCAAGUCAGUCUGUCGCAAACCUGCCUCCACCCAAACCCAACACCAAGGAGUCCUGGAACAGUCACAGUCAUAUCUUGGAGCUGUUGAUGGUGUGUGCUUCUUUAAUUCUCCUUGUGGGCUUGGCCAUAUUGGCGAGAAAGUUGUGGAAACUGCACAAGCAUGAUCCUCCUGAGAUGAAAGCAAGGCUCAAUAACUACUCAGCAGAUGUAGGUGACCUGCAAAACACUGCUGUCGUUUUCAUUAACAAGGAUUCCCAGGACAUACAUAUGUACAGAGCUUAGUCAGUGCAGUGUUUAUUGUUACUCUGAUGUUACUCUCUAAUUUGUUUUGUUAGUUUACUGCACACAGCACAUGCUUUAUUUCUAAUGUCUUUAGUAUAUUACAUACCACCACAUUUAAAGACAUGUAUGACAUUUUCUGCUUGCUGGUAUACAGUGACAGCUGGAGAUAUUACAAGAGUAUACUUGUCAUGUAAGACCAAUUUACGGAAAUAUAAUCAUGUGGUCUUCUAUGGAAUUUGGCCAACGUCAGCACUGUAAUGACCACUAAGGACAUUGAGGUGAUGUCUUCUACAUUUUUUGUAGGAAUCUGGGGAUUUUAGCAACCUGGCAGAGUUUACAUUCUACAAUUAAAAACUGACACAUGGGAUUUUUUAGGCUGAUUGCAGUAUUUUUAGACUGAGUAUAUGUUGAUUUCUAUUUUCAAAACGAAUAGAUUUUUAUUUUCAAAAAUAAAUAUGAAUAAUAAUAUACAAAUUUGAUUGAUUAUUUCUCCACUAGAUUUUAGAGACAAUGUUUGUUAUUGUUAUUUGGAUUAAACCUGAAAUAACUACAAAAUAUUAAAACAUUUUAGAGACUUUUGGUCUCUUUGGUGGUGUUGGGUGGGGGGGGGGGACAUCGACUUAUCACCUCAGUGUAUCUAAAAUCCUGGCUACGGCCCUGCUCAGAAGUCCACAUACAUACACUAUGAAACAUAUACUAACUACCCCUGGUUUAUAGAUAACAUUGGGCUCUGUUAAAGAUGGACACUGACAAGAUGGUGGGAAUUGCUGUCAGCUUCAAAUUGCCGUUUGUUGCUUCUAACUGCAGAAAUAAGUCCAGUGUGAAUGAAUAAUAAGCGCAAAGUGGUAAAUCUUGUCUGCAUGGAAAGCCCAUGGGACUGACAGAAGUACAUUUUCAGUUUUCGUUGCUAUUUUAGUAGAACUACACUGCAGUGCUUUUUUAUAAGAAAGAUGGCUAAUUAACACAUUUAGACAUGAAUACAGUCUGUUUGACUGAAAACUUGUGGAAUAUGAACAUUGUUAUGAGACAUACUUAUUUUAAGAAAAAGUGAGCAAAUGAAGACAGAAACCAUUAGAAGUACACAAAUUAAGUCGAACGAGAACAGCUCUUUCAUGCUUGAACUGUGUGUUCUUAUACUGAACCUCAAACGACGUGUUAGAAUUGUAAAUUGAAUGUGCUAAUGAGACAGCAGCUGUGGAGCCAACUACAGCUUGGAACUCUUAGUAAUAACUUUGUCUUACCUUCACGAAAGGAACACCUUUUGUUGUUUGUGAUACAGAAAAAUAUAAUUUCAAAGAUUCCUUUUUGGUGUCCUGUAAUGCUUUUUUUGUGGCUGUGAAUUAUUGUCUUUCAUGAGCAUUGUAUUUACAUUUUAUGAUUUUAGUGUAAUAUUUCUCUUUAUAAUAGCCACAUUACAUGAUAUUUAUGAAAAAAAAACAUUAGGUUACUUUAGGACACACGCCUCAAACAACAACACAUGGCUGUAGUGCUGUUAGCGGACUUUGAGCUCAGUGAGGCAACAGAACAGCUUUUAUUUGAUGUUGGGUUUGAAUCACAAGAAACUGAAUUGUUUUAACCCUCCAUUGUGACCACAGUAAAUGACUGUUCUGCAUUCAGUUGAUUGUUGAUGAAGUCGGAAUAAAAGUAUAAUUUUUUCUAACAAAAAA